AUGCCGAUUUCUUCUCUUUCAGCGUCAAUAAUUCCUUCAUUGAAUACUCCGAACUCCACUUCGAAUUACUCUUCCAAAUUAUCUACGUUUUCUUCUCUAAAGUUUCCAGCACAGCUUCGAAGACUUAAGUUUCGAAACAGAGGGGUUUCCUUUCACUCCAGGUCGCGAAAUUUGCCUCUGGUAGCAGCAAAGAAGCAAACUUUUUCCACAUUCGAUGAGUUGCUAGAAAUUUCUGACAAACCUGUGUUGGUUGACUUUUAUGCAACCUGGUGUGGUCCUUGUCAAUUUAUGGCUCCAAUUCUCAAUGAAGUCAGUGAUGUCCUGAAAGACACGGUCCAGGUGGUGAAAAUUGACACUGAGAAAUAUCCUAGCAUUGCUGAUAAAUACAAAAUUGAGGCCUUGCCUACUUUUAUCAUAUUCAAGGAUGGAAAGCCUUAUGAUCGUUUUGAGGGCGCUUUGAAUAAAGAUCAGCUCAUCCAACGCGUUGAAAAUUCACUGAAUUUCAAAGAUCAAUACAAUGUGAAGCCAUUAUACUCGGAUUCUUUAAGGCUAAAUCACCCUGCUCUUCCCAAGGAGUAUCAUGGGACAAUAAUGCAGGCAGCAUGCCAUAACAUGGACGAUGUUUUCCCCAAGUUUUUAAUUGGAACACGGGUCCGACAUAAGAUUGACAAUCCCUACUACAAGGAUUGUACAGGGAAGCAAGAAAAACCCGAUCCAUGUGCAAGUUCUGAAAGUGAAAUAUUAUCCCACAACGGGGAAGAAGAUUCAAGAAUUCAGAUGGAGAUGGAGAUGGAGAUGAAGAUGAGAGCAGGUGAAGAUGUAGAAAUAGGCGAAGACAUAACCCCCCCGUUGAUCCCUCUGUCUUUCGCACUUCACGAUCCUUUCCUUCACUCUCACUGCUCCUCUUGCUUCUCUCUCCUCCCUAAUACUAGUAUUCCCCACCAUCACCAUGUCCCCACACUCCUCUACUGUUCCUCUCUCUGCUCCUCUUCCCACUUCUCCCCCGCCGAACUCAACCUCCUCCACUACGUACCUUCCUCCGACCUCCGCGCCGCCCUCCGCCUCCUCCACCACUUGCUCCCCUCUUCCUCCGACAGAAUUUGCGGUUUAUUGACGAACCGAGAGAAAUUGAUGACCGACGAAGAGAUUUCAGCACGCGUAAGAGACGGAGCGAGGGCCAUAGCAGCUGUGAGAAGGAUGGAGAUGGAUAAAGACACAAAUGAAAACGAAAAGGACGCUGUUUUGUUGGAAGCUGCGCUGUGCUUGGUGCUAACGAACGCCGUUGAGGUACAGGAUGACGAAGGGCGCUCCCUCGGAAUUGCUGUUUAUGGCCCUAAUUUCUCGUGGAUUAAUCACAGUUGUUCUCCUAAUGCUUGUUAUCGAUUUAUCAUUUCUCCGCCUGACAAUGCGUUGCCGCUUAGUGAUGAGUCCAGGCUAAGAAUUCUUCCUACAGGCACCAAAGGUGAAAAUGUUGUGCAUAACAAAAUUGAAUUCCCAAAAGGAUGUAGUGGAAGUGGACCAAGAGUGAUUGCUAGGAGUAUUAGGAGGAUUAAGAAAGGUGAGGAGGUGACUGUGGCAUACACAGACUUGUUGCAGCCUAAGGAAAUAAGGCAGUCUGAGUUGUGGGCUAAGUAUCGUUUUAUUUGUUGCUGUACGCGGUGUAGUGCAUCACCCCUGUCUUACGUAGAUCAUAUUUUGCAGGAUUCUCCAUUGAAGUUGGCAUUUGUCAAUGGCCGUGCCACAUCAAAGGCCAAUGGUGGUGGAUGUAAAGAAAUUUGUGCUUCAAAUCUGGCCUCCUUGAGCUUAAGUUCCGAACUCAGCUUUUAUAAGGAUGAAGCAACUAGAAAGCUGACAGAUUAUGUAGAUGAAGUUAUAGCUGAGUAUCUUGCUGUUGGUGAUCCUGAAUCUUGCUGCAAGAAGCUUGAGAACAUGCUUAACACUGGCCUCCGUGAUGAUGAGUUAGAGGCCAGAGAAGGAAAAUCACAGUUGAACUUCAGGUUGCAUUCGCUGCACCACCUUGCUUUGAACACAUAUACAACUUUGGCUUCUGCUUAUAAAAUACGUGCAAAUGAUUUAUAUGCUUUGCAUUCUGAAGUGGGUGGACAUUCAUUGGAAGUUUUGAGCAUGUCCAGGAUCAGUGCAGCAUACUCAUUGUUGCUUGCAGCGGCAACUUACCAUCUGUUUUGUUUUGAAUCUUCUUUGAUUGCAUCUGUUGCAAAUUUCUGGGCAAAUGCAGGAGAGUCCUUAUUAGCUCUUGCUAGAAGCUCAGCAUGGGAUUCUCUUGGAGAAUGUGGGUUGCCUGUUUUGAAUCUUUCUUCUCUAGCUAAGCACAAUUGCUCGAAGUGCUCAUGCAAUUUAUAUCUAGGUCAAGAUGAAACUCAAAAGGCAGAUUUUGACAGCAUAUCAAGCAGGUUUCUUGAUUGUAUCAGUAGUUUGUUGCAAAAGGUUUGGGGUUUUCUAAUUCAAGGCUGCUGCUACUUGAAAAUGUUUAAAGUUCCCACUGAUUUCAGUUGGCUUGGGAAAUCCUUAGACAUGUGGGAUUUUGAUGCUCAUUUAACCCAUAAUGAUUUGGAUUUCAAUUGUUGGACCAACGAAAGUAUUUCUGGAGUUGAGGCACUGGGGUACACCGACCAAUGUAGAAUAAAUAUUUUUCAGCUUGGUGCUCAUUGCUUGCUCUAUGGAGGAUUUUUAGCUGGCAUAUGUCAUGGUCCCCAUUCUCACUGGAUUAGUCACAUUCGGUGUACUCUAGAUUACGAGGGGAAAUAA